GGCACUGAAAAAUUUCCCCAGUUAAGGUUGUGAGUUUUGAAUAGUGAAUGAGAGGACCUCUUUAUGUUUCAUUUUAUUUUAUGCCAAUUUUUUUGUUCUGACUUUCGAGUGCUGGAGAAAAAUCCAUUUGGAGAUUUGUGGAGAUCUGGGUUUUGUUUAAUCUGCUAUGCCUCAUGAAAAUUUUUAUCUUGGAGAGAAACCCAUUUAGAGAUUGUGGAGAUCUGGGAUUUGUUUAAUCUGAUAUGCCCCAUGAAGAAUCUCUUCCUCUCUGAAUCCUGCAAAGAGACACAGCUUAAUGCUCUAAAUCCACAGUCAUGGCUUCAAGUUGAAAGAGGGAAGCUGUUCAAAUCCUCUUUCCAUUCACCCUCUUCUAUAGAAUCUCUCAUCAAGGUACCUGAACCACCCAUUCUUCCGUUCUUUAAGCCCAUCGAUUAUGUUGAAGUUCUAGCUCAAAUUCAUGAAGAACUUGAGUCUUGUCCUCUCUGCGAGCGGUCAAGCCUCUACUUGCUACAGUUUCAAGUCUUUAAGGGCCUUGGAGAAGUCAAAUUGCAACGCCGGAGUCUCCGUUUGGCAUGGCUGAAAACAACCAGCGUUCAUGAAAAACUUGUUUUUGCGGCAUGGUUGAAGUAUGAGAAGAGAAGAGAGGAGCCUAUCUCUGACUUGCUUUCAUCAUGUGGGAAAUGCGAAAGAGAGUUUAGGCUAAUAGAUAUCGCUUCUCAGCCUCCUGCUGAUAAGAAAUUAAAGUCCCCGGAAGUAGUCGAGGUUACUGGGACCCAUGUUUCCGAUACCGUCUUCUUUCGAAUUGGAGAAGAGAAAAUAGCCUGUGAUAGGCAGAAGAUUGCAGCCCUCUCUGCUCCAUUCCAUGCUAUGCUGAAUGGAUGUUUCAUGGAAUCGAAUCUGGAAGUCAUAGAUUUGUCCAAAAAUGGAAUCUCCGCUACAACUAUGAGGGUGAUCAGUGAGUUUAGCCAAACAGGCAGUUUAGAGGGAAUUCCUCCAUCUUUACUUUUGGAAAUUUUAAUAUUUUCCAAUAAGUUUUGCUGUGAAAGACUUAAAGAUGCUUGUGAUGGGAAACUUGCAUCUUUGGUUUCCUCAAGGCAGGAUGCGGUUGACCUCAUGGAGUAUGCUCUUGAAGAGAGUUCCUCUUUCCUUGCCUCUUCAUGCUUGCAAGUUUUUCUCCGUGAGCUGCCUGACUGUUUGAACGAUGAUCGUGUGGUUAAGAUAUUCAGUAAUGCUGAUCAACGCAAAAGAUCGAUUAUGGUUGGGCCUGCGUCAUUUUCACUCUACUGUUUAUUGAGUGAGGUUGCUAUGAACCAAGAUCCUCGGUCAGAUAUAACUGUGUCUUUCUUGGAACAGUUGGUAGAGUCAGCAGUAACUUGUAGGCAGAGACAGUUAGCCUUUCAUCAGUUGGGAUGUGUGAGGCUUUUGAGGAAGGAGUAUGACAAGGCUGAGCUGUUCUUUGAGGUGGCUUUCUGUGAGGGCCAUGUUUAUUCUGUUGCAGGUUUGGCUAGGCUCAGCUCUAUCAAGGGCUAUAAACUUUGGUCAUAUGAUAAGCUAACCUCUGUGAUCUCUUCCUACAGCCCCCUUGGAUGGAUGUAUCAGGAGAGGUCACUAUACUGUGAAGGUGACAAGAGAUGGGAAGACCUCAAUAAGGCAACAGAGUUGGAUCCCACGCUCAACUACCCAUACAUGUAUCGAGCUGCAUCCUUGAUGAGGAAACAAAAUGUUCAGGCUGCCCUAGCAGAGAUCAAUAGGAUUAUUGGGUUUAAACUAGCCUUUGAAUGCUUGGAGCUCCGGUUUUGUUUCUAUCUUGCACUCGAGAAUUACCAGGCAGCCUUAUGUGAUGUUCAGGCGAUUCUUACACUGUCUCCAGAAUAUAGAAUGUUCGAGGGCCGGGUGGCAGCUUCUCAACUGCGUACUCUUGUGCGUGAGCAUGUUGAGAAUUGGACUACCGCAGAUUGUUGGUUGCAACUGUAUGACCGGUGGUCUUCAGUUGAUGAUAUUGGGUCUCUCUCUGUUAUCUUUCAGAUGCUCGAGUCUGAUGCAGCAAAGGGUGUUCUAUACUUCAGACAGUCUCUGCUUCUCCUUAGGUUGAACUGUCCUGAUGCGGCCAUGCAAAGCCUACAACUGGCACGCCAGCAUGCAUCAAGUGAACAUGAACGUCUGGUUUAUGAGGGAUGGAUCUUAUAUGAUACAGGUCAUUGUGAAGAAGGUCUCCGGAAAGCUGAAGAAUCAAUCAACCUUAAGAGAUCCUUUGAGGCCUACUUUUUGAAAGCCUAUGCCUUGGCAGAUUCUAGCCUUGAUCCUUUAUGCUUUUCAACUGUUGUUUCACUACUUGAAGAUGCAUUGAAGUGCCAAUCAGACAGGCUACGCAAGGGACAGGCAUUAAACAAUCUUGGCAGUGUGUAUGUUGAUUGUGGGAAGCUGGACUUAGCUGCUGAUUGCUACAUUAACGCCCUAAAAAUUCGGCAUACCCGAGCCCACCAGGGACUUGCCCGGGUCCAUUCCCUCCGAAACGAUCGAAAUGCUGCAUAUGAGGAAAUGACUAAAUUGAUUGAGAAGGCUCAUAACAAAGCAUCAGCCUAUGAGAAGAGGUCUGAGUAUUGUGAACGUGAACUCACAAAGGCAGAUCUGGAGAUGGUCACACAAUUAGAUCCACUCCGAGUCUAUCCAUACAGAUACCGAGCAGCAGUUUUGAUGGACAGCCACAAGGAAAAGGAGGCCAUUGCAGAGCUGUCAAGGGCAAUUGCAUUCAAAGCCGACCUUCACCUUCUACACCUGCGGGCGGCAUUCCAUGAGCAUAUUGGAGAUGUCUCAGGUGCUCUGCGGGACUGCCGAGCUGCUCUGUCUGUUGACCCCAAUCAUCAAGAGAUGCUAGAGCUUCAUAGCCGUGUUAACAGCCAGGAGCCCUGAAAGGUAAAGAGAAAAGCUGUACACUAGCUUAGAUUUAAGCAUUUCAUCCCUAUGUUGUCCAUAUUCUCUCCCCCCACAUGUAAUCUAUGUUUUGAUGAUUUUUAAGUAAUUUAAUGGGUUUUUUUUUGUGG